AUGGAGAGAAUCCUCGGCUUCUUUGUGUCCAUUGCGAAGGAUAAACAAAGGAAACAAAAGGGCGAACAUAAUUAUACGUGGUCUCAUAAAAAAGAGUUUUUGUGGGCGAUGCGACAGGAUUUGAAUGAGUACAUGGCGUCUUUCAGUGACCAUGACGAACAAACACUCCUCGAGCCAAAGCUUAACCACGUAUGGUUCCAAGCGGCCCGAAAUGAGAUGGACGAACGGGGGGCUAUUCCCCAUACCGUUGAGGAUUCAGAGGUGCACGUUCUCCACGGGUCUGUUGUGAAAUUGGAAUGUGAAUACUGUUAUGAUUGUUAUGAUGAAUGA